AUAAUAGUGAAAGAGAAUCCUGCUCUUGCACAACAAAUACUACAUUUAGCUCUGUAUUACCAGGAAGAUAUAGAAUUGUGCUCACAAGAGAUUCAUCACAACAGUUAGUAGCUGGGAGGCUUUAUUGUACUGUAGAAAUACCGACCCUCAUGGGCCAGACUCUGAAGUAGUCAGGUCAGCCAAAAAUUGCAGAGAAGUCAAAGGGCCAAAUGUGAUUUUGCUGCAACCUCCAAACAAAGUCAUUGAAAACAAAAGACGAACUGUCUCAAUGAGUUAUGCCAAGAACUCAUACACGGGCAGAAUCAUAUGUGGACAUAGCCAUAUGGACAAUGUCAAUAUUCAGCAUCACAUAUGAAGUAAGAAGGAGACGUGAUAACUGUGAAGAAAUGUUUGAAUAGAGCAACCAGUAAAGAAGGAAGUAUAUUUUACAUACAUAUGGGCAGAGGAGUAAAUGGAAACUGCAGAAAGUUUGGGCUAAAUAUCAUUUUUGACUCUGGGACUAUCCCACAGGUCUUUGUCAUCUCAGAAGCCUGUCACUCAUCCUUGUGAUGCCUUCUGAGGCCUUUGGCAGGUAUGGGUGCACCUGGGGUUUUGUUAAAUAUGGAUGCAACAGGCCAUAACUGGUUUGAUGAUGUAUCUGUGCAGGAGUGGAAAUGAUAACAUUCAAUCACUUUGUACCGCUGGUGGGACCGUGAGUCGAGGUGCAAUGGAAGGGCACAGAUGGGAGAACAGCUCCUUGCAAGCCUCGUGCCUGUGACAACCCAGCACUACCUGAGGGCUGAAAAAGGUCAUCUGGCAGCACAACUUGGGGCUGCUCACCACCACAAGCCAUGUUGGAAUCUCCCAGACGUUAUACAGAAAAGAGCACGGGGCCUGGGAUUUUACUCUGUUGAGGACAUAUUAAAGCAGGGGAUGUUGCAGUGAUGAUGUUACUUUGGCAUCCAACCAACAACUGCUGUGUAGAAGAAGCCGUUCCAUCUUUUCUGUUAUGGUCCCUGGCCACCUCUCCAGGCUGGCAUACUGAAAAAAAACCGGCACUUCAGCAACGCCUGUCACAUCGAUGCGAUUUAGUUGCACACAACCAAGACGUGCUGUUCCACCACCAACAGUUAAACUAGGCAAUAAAGAAUCACAACGACUUAAGGAGCAGGUGCCGGGGGGGUGCCUCCUCCUCGGCCCCGUGGCCGCCCCUCGGCCUCACAGGCUGCGGACGAGCAGAGCCCCCCGGGGCCGCCCUGGGAGGAGAUGGCGGCGGGGCGUCGCUCCCUCACGCCGCCGGCAGUUAAUCAUUAAGCCCCCCCCCGAGCCUCCCCGCACCUCGGCCGAGCCCCGUCCCCUCGGCACCGACCUCCCCCGGCUGCCGUGAGGAGGCAGGGCCCCGCCGGGGGCACGCCUGCCCCUCCUCGCCUCCCCUCAGGCUGCCGGCGGCCCCGCGUCCCGGAGAGCCCCUGAGGAGCCCAUGGGGCGCGGCAGGUGCCGGUGAGGAGCAUGGCCGAGGGAACCGAGGCUGACGGCGCCUUCCUGCGCCUCCCGGCCGAGCAGGACGAGCGCUACGCCGAGCUGCUGGCCGCCGGCUUGCUGCCCUGCGCCCGGGACGGGACGGGCGCCGAGAGGGGGCUCCCGGAGCCAUCCGCCAUCAAGUCAGAGCUCCGUGCGGGCAGCGACAGCCUCUCGGAGGACGACGAGGAUGCGGACGGCCGCGACGGCAAGCUGAAGGGCGCGGGAGGCAGCCCGGCGGCGAAGAGGAGCGUGGCGCAGAUGAUGAAGGACAAGAAGAAGCAGACGCAGCUCACGCUGCAGUGGCUGGAAGAAAACUACAUUGUCUGUGAAGGAGUUUGUUUACCGAGAUGCAUCCUUUAUGCACAUUAUUUAGACUUCUGCAGAAAAGAGAAGCUAGAACCUGCUUGUGCUGCAACUUUUGGGAAGACCAUUCGCCAGAAAUUCCCUCUCCUUACCACAAGGCGGCUUGGAACAAGAGGCCAUUCAAAGUAUCACUAUUAUGGAAUUGGCAUUAAAGAAAGCAGUGCAUACUACCACUCUGUGUAUUCUGGAAAAGGCUUAACCAGGUUCUCUGGAAGCAAGUUGAAGAAUGAGGGUGGUUUCACUCGGAAAUAUUCUCUGAGUUCCAAAACUGGAACUCUCCUCCCAGAGUUUCCAAGUGCUCAACAUCUUUUGCUUCAAGGGUGCAUUUCUAAAGACAAGGUAGAUACUCUUAUCAUGAUGUACAAAACACACUGUCAGUGUGUCCUUGACAAUGCAAUUAAUGGGAACUUUGAAGAGAUUCAGCAUUUCUUAUUACAUUUUUGGCAAGGAAUGCCUGACCAUCUUCUUCCCCUGCUCGAAAAUCCCAUCAUUGUUGACAUCUUCUGCGUUUGUGACUCAAUUCUGUAUAAGGUCCUUACAGAUGUACUCAUCCCUGCAACGAUGCAAGAAAUGCCAGAAAGUUUACUGGCAGAUAUAAGAAAUUUUGCAAAAAACUGGGAACAGUGGGUUGUUUCUUCUUUGGAAAAUCUACCAGAAAUCCUGACAGAUAAGAAAUUGCCUAUUGCACGAAGAUUUGUUUCUUCCCUGAAACGGCAGACAUCAUUCUUACACCUAGCACAGAUUGCUCGGCCAGCCCUGUUUGAUCAGCAUGUGGUGAAUUCCAUGGUGUCGGAUAUUGAAAAAGUUGAUUUGAAUAGUAUUGGCUCUCAGGCACUCCUUGCAGUCUCAGGGAGCACAGAUUCUGAUGGGGAAGUCUACAGUGAAUAUGACUCUAUUACAGUGUUCCAAGAACUGAAGGACCUUCUAAAGAAGAAUGCCACUGUGGAAUCAUUUAUUGAAUGGUUGGAUACUGUGGUUGAGCAAAGGGUUAUCAAGGCAAGCAAGCAAAAUGGGAGGUCAUUAAAGAAGAGGGCUCAAGACUUUCUUCUAAAAUGGAGUUUUUUCGGUGCUCGAGUGAUGCAUAACCUAACUCUAAACAACGCAUCAAGUUUUGGUUCUUUUCAUUUGGUCCGCAUGCUACUAGAUGAGUACAUCCUGCUUGCCAUGGAGACACAGUUCAACAAUGACAAAGAACAAGAACUCCAGAAUCUACUGGACAAAUACAUGAAGAAUUUAGAUGCAAGCAAAGCCACCUUUACUGCAUCACCCAGCUCUUGCUUCCUAGCAAAUCGUAACAAAGCUGCUCCUCUGACCAGUGACACUUCAGUCAAAAAUGAGUGCCUAGCAGAGCAAACCUAUGUGUCCUUGUCAGCUAGCCAGCCCAGCAGUGUACCUUCUGGUCUGAAUCCCUUUGCCACAGGAGACAGUGAAAAUAUGCAGCUGACAGGUCAGAUGGAGCUGUCUGAAAGCACUGGUCACCUGAUGACUCCACCCAUUUCACCCGCCCUGGUCAGCCGAGGAAGUGUUAUCAACCAGGGGCCGAUGGCUGUGAGGCCUCCAAGUGUAGGCCCGGUGUUAUCCACACAUUCACAGUGCUCUUCCUACUCAGAACCCCUUUAUCAGACUUUGUCGCAAACUAAUCAGAAUUACUACGGAAACAAUUCCAAUUACCAGGCUAUGUUCAGAACUCAGGCCCAUUCCACGCCGGGUGUUUACCACCACAGAGCAGAGCACAGCCGAUUCAAUGCAUUAAGUGAACAGCAGUUCUCCAGAGACUACUUCAGCAACAGUUGUGCUGUAUCUCCGUACAGUGCCAGAUCUCCUUCCAGUUAUGGUCCCUCAUCCAUGCCUCAGGACACUCACAGUAUGCAGUUUCUGAAUACUGGGAGCUUCAAUUUCUUGAGCAACUCAGUGUCUACUUGUCCAGGAGCAACAUAUGCCCCUAAUGCUUCCAAUGGAUAUUAUGGAAACAAUAUAAAUUAUCCAGAAUCUCACAGACUUGGAUCAAUGGUUGAUCAACAUGUUUCUGUAAUCAGCAGUGUAAGUAGCAUUCGAUCAUUGCCAUCAUACAAUGAUAUACAUGAUCCACUGAAUAUCUUGGAUGACAGCGGAAGGAAACAAACAGGCUCAUACUACACAGAGUCCCCACCUUCUAUUGUCUGUCGGACUCCUAUGCCUUCAAACAUGCAAACCGCAUCUUCUUCCCAGUGUAUGUAUGGAACAUCUGGUCAGUUCCCUCCUCAGGAAAAUCUGGAGUCUCAUGGCCCACCAAGCAGAGAGAUGGUAUCAUCUUUACCACCAAUCAACACAGUCUUCAUGGGAGCAGCUGCUGGGGGAACCUGAACUGGGACAGACAUGUCACUGCCUUAAGCUUACUUUCCAAAUUCAGACAUUAAGGCUAUGAUGGCAAUACUUUUAUGCUGAUGAAUUAGAAAAGUAUUAUAUAUAGGUGUAAAAAGAGCCAUUUUAGAGAUAUUAGCACCCCUCCACAUGGAAAAGAAGCUAUAUUCAUAUUGUGUCCUGCUUGUGAAUAACUCAGGAUUGGUUUCAUUACAGCUUUUAAGUCAGAAAUUCAGGGUGAGCAUAAAGAACCAGUGAUUCUUGAAAGCAAGACUAAGUUGUAAAGAAAUGAUUACAUCUCUUCCUAAUUUAUUAAAAAUGCUAUUUUAGUCUUUCACUUAUAUCUUUUUAUAUAAAAAUGUUUAUUUAAUGCCUGUGUUGCUCAUUAUUUAUUAGGACCACAGAGUAACUGUUUACUUUCUCUUAUUUGACAAAUUGUCAAAUGUAUGUAUCCUACCUCCUAUGGAAAUGUUUACAAGGUCAAUUUUUACUGUUUUAAAUGAAACUAAGACAAAUUCUUUUUUUUUUUUUUUUUUUUUUUAACUGUGUUGUGCUUUGGAAAGUCAAUUUCAAAUGUCUAGUGCCUAUUUGUGUAAGUGAAAGUCCUCAGGAAGUAAAUAAAACAUAUUGUGGGAUUUUUUUUUUCUUUUAAAAUGGACCACUUUCUCUUAAAAUACAACCGACAAAACAUGCAGGUAUCAUUAGCUAACUAAUUUCAGUAGCCUGCUACUGUAGCUGGUUAACUGAAACAAAUGAAACUAUGCCACAAAAUGUCAUGGGAUUUUGAUAUUACUUGUGGUAUGAUCCCCAAAUUUAUACUGGUGGAAAUC